AUGCCGGUCAUGUUGGUCAUGCCGGAAGCUACAGUAGCUCAGCUACUAUCGCUAACUGAAGCGCCACCUUCCCUACAUAAGGACAUCCGCGACUGCAUGCAAAGCAUGCCACUCAACCACGACACGCCUGCUGACCCUAGCAUAGCACGCCAACAUACGACAGUGCCUCAUGAUUUACUGAUACGUGUGGCGCGAUGGGCGAGCUCGCACGACCGCCCGGACCUGUGCCUCGAUAGGCUACUGCGCGGUGCGCGCAUCUAUACACCCCCACCACCGAAGUAUGAACGUCCUCGUGAACUGGACGAGUCCUUGGAAGCCAUUCGUUUGGAGCAAGAACGACGCACGUAUGACGCUAUGAUCCACCACACGGCACCUACCGACAGGGGAGCGACGCACGAAGAACGCCUGGCAUGGCGCGAAACACGCUUGCAUAUCAGCGCGAUUUUGAACGUCCUCCUUAGUAUGGCUGCGAUAGCUGCGGCGGUUUGGUGGGGCGCAGGCAGUGCGAGUCCGCUAUGGAAAGUCAGUGUGGCUCUCACACUUUCGGUCCUCAUUGGCACGGCCGAAGUCGUGCUGUAUACGCAGUAUGGACGUACUGUGAAACACUCUCGCACCAAGCGUAUUGUGCGGCAACAACGCCGCCGCCAGCGGCGUGCGCAGCUGCCACCUUCUUAG